AUGGCUUUGCUUGAUUGCUUAGACAUUAGGCGGACGUCAAGCCCAUACAGGAAUUUGAAGGACCUAGCGAGUGUGGUUGCAAGGAAUAUAGUGAGUGUGCGGUAUGACGAGGAGGGAAAGAACUUAGCUUUUGGGAAGGGAGGGGGAUUUGGCAGUGAAGGUGGUGAUUUUGGAGGCGGUGUUGGUAGUGGUCUUGGUAGUGGCAUUGGUAAAAGUGGUAGGGUACGCAGUGGUGGAGCUGGUGGUGGCUUUGGAAAAGGACGACGCAUUCUCAAGGGGGGUGGGGGUGGUGGUCGUGGUGGGGGUGCGGGUCGUGGGGGAGGAAGAGCUGGUGGUGGCAAGCAUGGUGAAUUCCAUGGUGGUGUACAUGGUGGAGCUGGGGGUAGAGUUCACAGCAAUGCUGGUGGUGGAUUUGGAAAAGGUGCACUACAACAGACAAUGUUAUUAAUGGCAUUUUACUGCACUUUUAUCAUAUUCCUAUAA